AUGUUAUACGUUGAAAUAGGAAGACUAGUUGCAGCAAGAAAUCUUAAAGAUAGACAUAAUAAAGCCAUAAUUACUGGAAUAAUUGAUAAUGUGUUUUUUGUUGUGUUUAAACAGGAUAAAACUUAUGAGAUUGUUAGAGCAAAUGAUAUUGUUUUAGAAGAUAAAGUUUAUGACUUAAAAGAUCUGGAGAAUGAUAAUUGUGAAUUUUACAACUUAUCUAAUGUAAGACAAACAAACGACUUUGAUAGAUUUAUUGAGAGAAAAACUAAAGAAAUUGGUGAUAAAAUUGCAGCAGAAAAUGGUCUUUAUUAUUAA